AUGACGGACGCCGCGCAAUUCUAUUUUCAAGAGAUUGACCUCAAUAUGCUGCUAUUACUACUUCUGGUGGGGCUGAGCGCGGGCGUGCCGCAGAAGCCCAAUCUGGACGCCAUCCUCAACCGUCGGACAGACGUCUAUAUAGCGGGCUUCUUUCCAUUCGGCAAAGGCGUCGAGAACUCAAACACUGGUCGCGGCGUGAUGCCAAGCGUCAAGCUGGCGCUUGACCACGUCAACGAGCAUGACUCCGUGCUGCGUAACUACCGACUGCACAUGUGGUGGAACGACACAGAGUGCAAUGCUGCGGUAGGCGUGAAGUCUUUCUUCGACAUGAUGCACAGCGGGCCACAUAAGCUGAUGUUGUUCGGCGCGGCCUGCACUCACGUCACUGACCCCAUCGCAAAGGCAUCGAAGCAUUGGCAUCUCACGCAGCUGUCAUAUGCAGAUACCCAUCCAAUGUUCACGAAGGAGGCGUUCCCAAACUUCUUCCGCAUCGUUCCCUCUGAGAACGCGUUCAACUUGCCGCGCAUCCGCCUACUGCAGCACUUCAACUGGACAAGAGUUGGCACAAUCUACCAGAACGAACCUAGAUAUGCUCUGGCACACAACCGUCUACUGGCAGACCUGGAUAGUCACGGGUUCGAUAUCGACGAGACACAGAGCUUCGCGACUGAAGUCAGAACUGCACUCGAGAAGCUCAAGGAAAAGGACAUCAGAAUAAUACUCGGGAAUUUCAAUGAGACUUGGGCGAUGAAGAUCUUCUGUGAGGCAUAUAAGCUGGAUAUGUACGGGCGCGCGUACACGUGGCUGCUACUGGGCACUUACAGCGAGCGGUGGUGGCUGAAGCGCGGACCGUGCGCGCGCAGCGAGCUCACCGCCGCGCUCGACACCGCGCUGCUGACCGACCUGCUGCCGCUCUCCACCACCGGAGAGACCACCAUCUCUGGCAUCACUGCGAAAGACUAUCAAAUAGAAUACGAUCGACGAAGAGGUCUGGAGUAUUCAAGAUUUCAUGGGUACACUUACGAUGGCAUAUGGGCGAUGGCGCUGGCCAUACAGACGGUGGCACAACGGGUCAAGCUGAAGCACAAGGAGAAAACGGUGCAAGACUUCCGCUACCGCGACAAAGAGUGGGAGCAACUCUUCCUCGACGCCCUCAGCAAUGUUACCUUCGAAGGAGUCACCGGUCCAGUAAGGUUCUACGACAACGAGCGGAAAGCAUCGAUACUUCUUAAGCAGUUUCAGGGCGAUCAAAUUGGAGAGAUAAAAGUGGGAGAAUACUGUGCGGAAAGGGAUCACCUAGACUUGAUCAGUUGGGAACCUUUUAAAUGGGUUGGCAAGAAUCCCCCGAAAGACCGCACGUUACGUCUCAUCGAGCAUACGCAGGUGAACAUCACCAUCUACACGGUACUGGUCUCCUGCUCCGUGCUCGGCAUCAUCCUGGCUACCGGCUUCCUCGCCAUGAACAUACACUAUCGGAAUCAAAGAUACAUUAAGAUGUCUUCACCACAUCUGAACAACGUGAUUAUAAUUGGCUGCAUCUUCACCUACAUGAGUGUCAUCUUCCUCGGCCUCGACUCCAGUCUGGGCAGCUUGGGUGCAUUUCCAUUCAUCUGUAGCGCGAGGGCGGGUCUGCUGAUGACGGGUUUCAGCUUUGCGUUCGGCGCCAUGUUCUCCAAAACCUGGCGCGUGCAUUCCAUCUUCACUGAUGUGAAGCUCAAUAAAAAGGUGAUAAGAGAUUACCAAUUAUUUAUGGUGGUCGGAGUUCUACUGGCAAUCGAUAUUGCUAUCAUGAGCACAUGGCAGAUAUUCUAUCCCUUCUAUAGAGCUACAAAACAGAUGGAGCCAUACCCUCAUCCGACAAGUGAAGACAUCGUAAUCGUUCAAGAGAAUGAAUAUUGCCAAUCAGAAAAGAUGACCAUAUUCGUUGGAAUCAUUUACGUGUACAAGGGACUGCUGCUGGUGUUUGGAGCAUUCCUCGCGUGGGAGACGCGACAUGUAUCCAUUCCCGCACUAAAUGAUUCCAAACACAUCGGCCUGUCCGUCUACAACGUUCUCAUCAUGUGUAUUAUGGGUGCACCCAUCGCUCAUGUGCUCGCUGAUCACAAGGACGCUCUAUUUGUUCUCAUAUCGAUUUUCAUCAUAUUCUGUACAACCGCCACUUUGUGUCUGGUAUUCGUGCCCAAGCUACUAGAGUUGCGUCGUAAUGGUCAGCCGGGCGCGGCUGGGUCGCGGAUCAGGGCGACGCUGCGACCGACAACGACGCACGAGUGCCGCGACCCCGGACCCGAGCUAGAGCGCCGGCUGAAGGAGCUGCGCCAGUACAACAACCGCUACCGCCGCACGCUGCAGGCCAAGGAGAAUGAACUGCAGAUGUUGCUCAGCAAGCUGGGCAGCGACGCCAGCUCGGAGUCUUCUACGCGGGAGUCGCGGUCACCUGCACAGCGCGUGCGCCUGCCCACCACCAGGGAGAACAUCAGUCAUCCAGAGACCAGCGAUAUAACGUCAGUGUGCAGCCUGAGCGCCUCGGCUGGUGCGGAGUCAGAGUAUUUCAACCUGCAGAGCCAGACUAACAUUGAGAAACCCAAGCCUUCCGCUCCUCCAGAACCAGUGAAAGAGGUGACGAUCAAAGAGCCAAAGAAGGAACAAACGAAGAAUGUCUCCUUCAAAAACCAUCUGGACUACACCAGUCCCCCGUCUUCUAAAGCUGUUCCCGAAAAAGACCAGCUAGCUAAAUUACCUUAUGGCUGGUCUACUGAGGAACCUCCAGAACCACCAAAGCCUAUCACAAAGCCCUCGGAGCCAGUGAAGGCGGAGACAAAGACAGUGUCCGUGCUGAAGACCAGCGACACCAGCACCGCCAAAUCUGUGCCGGCAAAGGUGCAGGAGCCGCUCUAUACCAAAGCUGCAGCACCUAAAGUUCUAAAGACACCAGAAGCCCAGAAGAAAGUAACGAAGCCACCGGAUACAGCGACCAAGUCGACACCAGUGCGAGAGGUGAAGUCCCGACACCGGCGCAUGUCCAGCGCCAGCCCCGCCAUGCUGGCUGACCUCAUGCACAUCUCUGUGGACCGCGAUGACGUCGAGCCGAGUAUGGAGAGGAAAGUCAUCGGUCAAGAGAGAGAACCUUCCAUACCGCCGAAGCCUAAACAAGAGCCUGAGGAUAUCUUGGACAUAGACCAUGACUUCUCCUCGAUGGAAAGGAGGAAAUCAUGCCAAAGACGAGAUUCAGAAAAAAGGAAAAAAGAGAGCUUUAUAGUUGUUCAGAGUGACUUGUGGGAUACAAAUACCUUCCAGUACACGAGUCAGAAAUCUCCGCCAGCUCAUGCUCAUUCUCCUAUGCAGAGAAGUGUGUCAGAAAAGAGUCGGCAACAAUCAUCGCCACACCACCACAGAGAACCUGACACAAGAAGUAUGGAAAGGAGAGCUUCAAAUACUUCAAUCAACCACAAUGGCACAACACGAGGCGGUACUCCAGAAGGCUACAGAGAUUCUGAUACCUUGAAGAUGUCAGAUAGAUUGACAAAGCGUCGCGGCUCAGAGUUCCCGCAGCCUGUGAGCACUCCGCCCCACCAGCUACAAACCAAGAGGCGACAAUCUGCAGCAUACAUGCGGUCAUACCAAGAAGAAAAAAGCGAAAAACCAGAAGCAACUCCUCGCAGACAUGACGAUAUUCCUAGAAAGCACACACCUGAACCUAAGAUUGAAUCAGAAUCUUGGAAACCGGAACCCGACACAAUCAGAGUAGCAAAAGGACCGGAGUCACCAGCGAAAAGGUUAAAACAAGAAGCGGAGCCCUUGAAGAGAGCAAAGGGGGUUGGUGAAUCCCCCAAACUAACUCAGGCAACUCAUCAGACGAGACCUGAUCAUCAUAAGAGUAGCCCUAAUGUAGCUUCGAGGCAUAAAAUGGAGUCAAAUGGCAAAAAAGAAGAGCGCAAAUCAGCUACGUACAGCAGAAGUGAUUCGAAACGCCAAGAUUCUGUCGAGCAACGUAAAAUGUACACAGCCAGUUCGGAAUCGGAAUUGUUCGAGUGCGCGAUACUGCCCAUCUUUCAAAAACUACUAACUGAGAGACACAAAAGUCAGCCGCAUGGUUUAAAUUUAAGCUACGGUGUUAGUUGUCCCAAUAUUUCAAUUAAAUGUGACAUAGUUGAAUAUUUGUAA